AUGACCAGUCUUGCCGAGGGGAAAGUGGACGUCCGCAAACGCGUGUGGGAGCCACUCCUGAAAGUAGCCCGACCGGACUCUCGGCACCAUUUCGAUUUUAGCAGUUUCAUCGCCGACUUUGACGGCUCGGACCGGGCGACCGAACGACUCGUCCAACUGCCAAUCUAUCUCAGCAGCGAUAUCCUCUUCAUCACGCCCGACAACUGCCUCGAGAGUCUGCGCCUUCAAGCGCUACGAGAUGGCAAGACGAUCUUGAUCACGACCUACGCCAUUCGCCGGGGCUUCUGGGUGUUAGACCCGCAGCAUAUCGCGACGUCGGAUUUCCGCCUCGCCGCGACGCUGGACGGCAUGGAGCGUCUGGGCCAGCACGUAACGCUGGCAGACAUUGUCUCCAGACGGUGGCGCAUUCCGUUGAUGGUGACGGGCACGGGCGCCAUCAAUCUCCGCGGCGUGCGCUUCGGCAAGGGACACGGGUUCUUCGAUCUGGAGUGGGCAAUGCUGUCCAUGCUAGGCGUCGUGGACCAGGACACGGUCGUGGCUGCAGUGGUGCACGAUUGUCAGGUUCUGGACGAGGAACUGCGCCCGGAAGAAUUCGAUACCGUUUGCGACGUUGUCGUGACGCCGACCAAGACUGUCGAGGUCCAAAUUGGAGGAGGUGGAGGUGGAAGUGGAGUUGCCAAACCGUCGUGUGGGAUUUUGUGGCCGUUGCUGCAGCCGGGGAUGCUGGAAAGUAUUCCUCCUUUGCAGGAGCUCAAAGCCAUGUAUGUCGGACAGAAACGAACACCAUAG